ACGUUAUCCAAAUUGAAACACUUCAUGGAGGGAUCUCUGAUAAUUGGGAGGGGGUCCUCAAUGGCCCCCUAGACCUGAUGCUGGACUCUUCAUCUGAACAUAGCAGUAUACUCGAGAGACUCAUCCGAGAAAUCCGCAAGGCCCUUCGAGACAUGAGACUGGUGGACUGCUGGGGGCCUACCACCAGACAACCAAAGAUUACACCCAUUACUCAACUGUCCACAAUCACUAUGCUCAAAUUGACUACCUAUUCAUGCAGCAAGAAGACCUCACACUCCUGCUUUCAGCAUCAUGAGCUGCUUCUACUUG